UCUCUUCCCCUCAGUCUUCAUAGCACAUAGAAAGGAAGACACAGAGAGUGAGACAGAGAGUCAUUUGAUUCAAGCGAGAGGGGAAAAAAUGGUUAUUUCGAGGGCAUCAUCGGAGUCCGAUGCCUCCAUUCACUCGACCUUCGCUUCGCGAUAUGUUCGCACCUCUCUUCCCCGGUUCAAGAUGCCAGAGUCCUCGAUCCCAAAGGAGGCUGCGUUCCAGAUCAUCAACGACGAGCUGAUGCUGGAUGGUAACCCGAGGCUGAACCUGGCCUCGUUCGUGACUACGUGGAUGGAGCCCGAGUGCGAUAAGCUCAUCAUGGCAUCCAUCAACAAGAACUACGUCGACAUGGAUGAGUAUCCCGUCACCACCGAGCUCCAGAACCGAUGUGUGAACAUGAUAGCGCAUCUCUUCAAUGCGCCACUCGGAGAUUCAGAGGUGGCAGUUGGAGUUGGGACCGUGGGAUCAUCGGAGGCGAUAAUGCUGGCUGGACUUGCCUUCAAGCGGAAAUGGCAGAACAAGAUGAAAGCUCAGGGAAAACCCUAUGACAAGCCGAACAUAGUCACUGGUGCUAAUGUUCAGGUGUGCUGGGAGAAAUUUGCGAGGUACUUCGAGGUGGAGCUGAAGGAGGUGAAGCUGAGGGAAGGUUACUAUGUGAUGGACCCUGUUAAGGCAGUAGAGAUGGUCGAUGAGAACACCAUCUGCGUCGCAGCUAUUCUAGGGUCGACCCUCAAUGGAGAAUUCGAGGAUGUGAAGCUCCUGAACGAUCUCUUGACAGCCAAAAACAAGGAAACUGGAUGGGAUACACCGAUACACGUGGAUGCAGCGAGUGGUGGGUUCAUAGCACCAUUUUUGUACCCGGAGCUCGAGUGGGAUUUCAGGCUACCGUUGGUGAAGAGCAUCAAUGUGAGCGGUCACAAGUACGGGCUGGUGUAUGCGGGAAUCGGGUGGGUGAUAUGGAGGAGCAAGGAGGACUUGCCGGAGGAGCUCAUCUUCCACAUCAACUAUCUCGGUUCUGAUCAACCUACAUUCACCCUUAACUUCUCCAAAGGUUCUAGUCAAGUCAUCGCGCAGUAUUAUCAGCUCAUUCGACUGGGUUACGAGGGAUACAGGAAUGUGAUGGAGAACUGCAGAGAGAACGCGAUGGUGCUGAAGGAAGGGCUCGAGAAGUCGGGCCGGUUCAACAUCAUAUCCAAGGACAACGGUGUCCCGCUGGUCGCCUUCUCCUUCAAGGACAACAGCCGCCACGACGAGUUUGAGGUGUCGGACAUGCUUCGGCGGUUCGGAUGGAUAGUUCCAGCCUACACCAUGCCACCGGAUGCCCAGCACGUGACGGUCUUGCGGGUGGUGAUUAGGGAGGACUUCUCCCGCACAUUGGCAGAGCGCCUGGUCAUCGACAUCCUCAAGGUCCUCAGUGAGCUCGACAUGAUCCCGGGGAAGAUACCAGCCGCCAAGGUGGAAGAGAAGGAAAAGGCCGCGAAGAACGGGAAGAAGAGCGAGCUCGAGCUCGAGAGGGAGAUCACCACGGUCUGGAGGAAGUUCGUGCUGGACAGGAAGAAGACGAACGGUGUCUGUUAGAAGAAGGCGGCAUUGCUUGUGGGCCAAGGUUUUGGUUGAGGUUGUUAUUGGGCCCUGUUUGAUCUUAUGGCUUGUCCCGUGUUAUAAUUAAAACCUUAAUUUAUUCGAAGGUUUGCUCCUAUGCAUCUACCUAUUUUCUGAGACAUAUUAAUCUAUAUAUAUCAGAAUUAAGAGGCAUGUAAUGUACUAUGAUGUUUGAUCGUUAAUAAUAUAAUAAAAGAGUGCAGCUGAGCUGGUUUCGAAAAAA